AUGGACAUCGAACAGAGGCAAUCGGAUCUCAUCGAUCACUUCGUCAAGCAAGCCUCUGCUGCAUCAAACCCUCCCGCGCUCUCUUCCGUCAUUGUUGAUGCAACUUCUCACCCUUUGCUCUUUGCCUUCUCUGAGAUUCUCGCUCUCCCCAAUGUUCUUCAGCUUGAAGCAACUGAUAAUAAGUCACACCUUGAUAUGCUUAGGCUGUUUGCACAUGGAAUAUGGAGUGACUACAAGAGUAAUGCCGACCGUCUUCCACAAUUGACACCUGAUCAGAUCCUUAAGCUUAAGCAGCUUACAGUUCUUACACUCGCUGAGACAUACAAGGUAUUACCCUAUGACCAAUUGAUGCAGGAGCUAGAUGUGACAAAUGUUCGCGAGCUUGAAGAUUUUCUAAUUAAUGAGUGCAUGUAUGCGGGAAUAGUCAGAGGGAAGCUGGAUCAGUUACGGCGAUGCUUUGAGGUCCAAUUUGCAGCAGGUAGGGACUUGAGGCCUGGUCAACUGGGGAAUAUGAUCCAGACACUCUCCAACUGGUUAUCUACAUCAGAAAAUAUGCUUGUUUCAAUUCAAGAUAAGAUAAAAUGGGCUGAUUCAAUGAGUGAAAAUGACAAGAAGCACAGGAAGGACGUGGAAGAGAAGGUUGAAGAAGUAAAGAAGUCCCUUUUCAAGGCUAUCCUAUGUGAUCUGAAAUAUCUGUUCUUUAUAAUUGGGAUAUAUUGGUCGAUGUGUCUUACUUACAUUGUGGCAGAAGUUACACACUGUGAGCAGGCCGACAUCGACUUCCGAGGGCAUGAGGAGGAGAUCUGCUCUGAAUCUGGUGGAGUGAUGGAUUUUGAAGAAGAACGAAGCCGACCAAAGAGGAGGCGGCAUCCGAUAUCUUGA